UGUAAUAACAAAUAUUGGGUUCUUUUUAAAGUUUGUAUGUUGACGAGUUGUACGAAAUCAUUCCCGGAAUUACCCAAGUACAAGUAGAAGUGAAGCUCGAGACUGAAUUUGCCUCGUGGUUUGAACGAUAUGCGCAAACUAACUAUAUAAGUAAUCCGUAUAUUUCGAGUCUGGCUAAGGGACCGCUUAGGCAAGCUAACCAUUUUCAAGGAUAUUUUGUAAACGGGUUUAAAUUUCAAACAAAGGCUUAUGGGGAGAAUCAAUUAACCAUGAAUAGUGGAGUUUGCGUCAAAGGAUCACUCUACGCUCCAACGGAAAGUGAUUUUUACGGAAUACUAACAGAUGUUCUUGAGUUGGAGUACCCGGCUCUGCCAAUUAAGAGGACUGUCUUGUUCAAGUGUAACUGGUUCGAUCCGACUGAUAGAGGUAUGUCAGUGCAUCCUCGAUAUAAUAUUGUGGACGUCAAUCAUAAACGGAAAUACGGAAAAUACGAACCAUUUAUUUUGGCUGGACAGUCCGGUCAAGUACAUUACUGCACAUAUCCAAGUAAAAAGAAAGAUAAGGUCAAUUGGUGGACAGUAUGUAAGAUGAGGGCCAGAUCAGAGAUAGACAUGCCCGAUUCCAUUACUCCAGCGUUUCAAGAGGACAUUAUAGAACAACCUCUAAACGUUAUAACAAAUGACGGUUCAAGAAUUUUGGUUGAUCCGGUUGGGGAAGUUGAUACAGAUGUGUUUUUCGCUCCUCCAGAGGUGGAGGACGAAGAACAAGUGCCGUCAAUAUCAGACGAAGAAGAUAUACUUGAAGACGAUGACGAUGACGAUUAG